AUGAAACCUACCCUCCCAGGGCUCCUCUACUUUAAUCUCCGAUGCCACACUGGCCAUAACCUCCAGAGAGUGUGGUGGGGGAUUAUCUUCAUGUCCGGACGUAACGCGCCGCGCUCGAAGAAUGGCUGCAGUACCUGCCGCCGACGCAAAGUGAAAUGCGGGGAAGAGCGCCCAACCUGCAGCCGAUGUUCGAAUCUUCGUCUGAGCUGCGAAUGGGGUGUGCCGGUCCAGCGUGAUCGCGGUGUGCAGGUCCGACAUCUCCAGCCGGCCCCCAGUGCUACGGACCAGCUCAUCUGGUCCGCGCCCCAGGCCGGUGAUGUUGUGGACAUCCCAGAUGCGUUACUCGCCAGUCUAUCUCCAGUCUCCUGGCCGGACGACGCGGUACUUCUCGAGCCCCCGCAACUCGUGCCUUUCUACCCGCCUGUUGCACCGACCCAAAUCCCGACCCCUCUCUACCCACCGUUGAGCGCUGAUAUUGCGUGCGCGAACUCCCUCACGCUCACGGAGCAUGACCAAAAGUACUUCCAAUACUUUCCCUCCUCGUCGAUCGUCUAUUACUACAUGAAAGGGUGGCAAUGGAGCAGCUUCUGCUAUCUCUACCAGGGUCCCGCCGCCACCAACAAAGUGAUCAUGCGGAUGAUCCUAGCUCUGUCUGCCUGUGACAUGCAUCGCCACGGGUUGGUGGUGCGAUCUCCGGGCCGACCCACGGCCGAAGAUCAUGGAAGGUACCAUUACAGUUUAGCAGUGAAGGAGUUUCGGCAGCUACUAGAGACCCCCCGGCGGCACGUCUCCGUAGAAGAGCUGGAGAUCAUCUUUGCUACCAUGUUCUUGAUGGUCACCUACGAGUGGCAAUUUGGCCAUUCCGUGCGACAUCUCCAGCUUCAUUUGCAUGGAGUGCGGUCACUUCUGGAGUCACAUCCACAACUUUUUCGAUUCAAGGAUGUCAAUGACGUGUUUCUGUCUGCCGAGAGUACCAACGACAAUUCACCCACAGACGAGAGGUCUAUCUCCAAGGUUUCCUUCAUUCCGGAACAGUUCCUCUUAUGGAUAUUAUACAUCGACGGCAGUUGUCGGCCAAUGGGUCUGACAGAGUCCUUGAAUGACUACGUCAUGCAGUCGAAGAACCCAGCGCUGAAACCAGAUCACUUACACCGAUGUGCUCGCCUCUGGGGCCGUUGUUUCUGGGGUGAGCAGUAUCCAGAUCAGGAGGUGCUGGAUGACAUCGAAAACUAUCGAGCACUAGAGCUAUUACAUAGUGGUUUCACUAUGCGCUAUCGGACUUGGAAGGUGCUCGUGGAUUCUGGGGCUGGAACCGAAUCUGGGGAGACACUCUUUCGUGAUAUCAUGGCUACUCGUGAAAAGUACUCCGAUCUCUUCAUCACUGCGAAGUUUGCCGGCACUGUCUCUGCACGUCGUACGCUCCACACCAUUUACAUGGCCGUCUGUACCUUUUACGCACAGAUCAUUCUCCACCGCCGACUGCUCUGCGUGGACAGCCUGCCGUCAGCUAUCCACCGGCAAGCCACGGCUGGUAUCGUGGACAUUGCCAGAAAACAAUUUGCAUCUGAUCCAAGACUGCUGCGCCGUUUGCACUGGCCUCUUUUAAUGGCCAUCAUCGAAACGGACGAUCCCAGCCACCAGGCGUGGUGCCGCCAACGCCUGUUUGAAUUCCGUGAUUUCCAUUCGGAGUACAUCUGGGCCAACGAACUGGCUGAUCAGAUUGUGGUCCAACAAGACGUGAGUCAGGGCGUCUACGUAAAUCUUGCCGAGCUGCUGCUCCAGCGAUUGCAGGUGUAA